UUGAAGAGCAAAGUUAUGGCGUAGUAGAAGUUGGAGUUGGCACUGCCAGCAUAGAUCCAGAGAUGCCAGAGCACAGGGAAGAGUGCAGAGCACACCAACAGCACACAUGACACUAGAAAGAUGUUUCUUAAGACUGAGAUACAAAGAGAGAGAGAAAGAAAGAAAUGUUUCAUUGCAAAGAUAUUGUUUCAAUAUCUUUUAUGAGAAAACACACACUGAAAGAUCCAAUUUAUUUUAUAAAACAUAAGCUACCUAAUCUCAGUCAACAGAAAGUGCUGCAAAUUUCAUUUCAUUCAAACUACUUUCAUUUUAGUUUGUUAGAUUUUUUUGUCUAAUUGGAAAAUGCUUUCAGCUACUAAAAAGCUCAGUUUAACAAAUUUCAACAACUUAAAUUCAGUUGAAACAGAUUUUCACUCAAAAUCAGCAUAGAAAAUGUGAAAAUCUAGAUUCCAUGUGGGCCUCAAGAUGAAUCACUAUUUUUGGUAUAAAAAAUUAACUUGAACUUUUGUUGUGCAACCUACAUGAAACACGUUACUAUAUAAAAGCUAUAACCGAGCUCUUCUCAGUUUAGUUAAUUUAGCACCAUGAGGAUUAAAUAAUAAAGGAAGAAUACACUAUAGAAAAGUUAUGUAAAGGAGAGAAUUAUUCAGACAUUAUCUGGAUAUUUUGGCCAUAGGAAGAACCAGGACUUUUCCCGGUGGGCCAGCUGCGAAACAGUGCAGAACCACCAUCCCCUGCUCAACAACUUUUGCUAUUUGCAGGACCUACUUGAGUUUGAUGGAUAGAGGGAUGGUGUAGAAAAAGACAUUAAUCUGGAAGACACAGAUGAAGAAGAGACGGAAGUGCUCAAACAUCUCAGCGAAGAAAUACCAGAAGAGUCCGAUGUUAGGAGUGAGAUCUGGAACCGAGAGACUGUACAAAACACACAUAAAAUAAACGAAACAAUGAAAUUAUCUUCCGAAUAAGUGUAAAAAUAAGUUAGGUCCAGGGCACAAAUAUACUAUCCCAUUUAACCUGCUUUACCUUCAGGGUUCCCACACUUUGUGACCUUUGGUUUCCUAUGACUUCACAGUAGUUUGUGGUAAAAGUAUUUUUAAAUUCAUUUCACAGAGACUGGCUUGCAAAGAGCAAUUUGAAAGAUUAUUUUAUUUUAAACUGUAUAGUGUAUAUUGUUAUUAUAGUCUUCUUAUUAUUUUAUUUUCAUUACCUGGCACCUUAUUUUAAUUAUAUUCUAAUUGUUGUUUAUUACUGUUCAACAUUUAAUCAGGGAAGGUUAAUAACAGUUCUGGAUGGAGUUAACAAUUUAAUAUUCUUUUUCUUCUUAUUCAUAUUAAUAAUAUUAUUUUAUGACAUGUUAUUUUUAUUUCAUGUUUGUAAUUGUUUUUACGUAUCUUGUAUUUUCUUUAAGAUGUAUAUGUAAACCACUUUGAAUUGCCAUUGUGUAUUAAAUGUGCCAUAUAAAUAAAUUGCCUUUCAUUAUUAUUCUUUUUAAGAGCCUCUUUCGCUCUGAUCCAUUUUCAGAAAAUUUACAGCAAAUUUUCAGGUUAGAGGUCAUGUGUGAACACGACCCUUCUGAAAAUACUGGUUAACUUUGAUCUGGCAAUUUCCUUCAAUGAAAAGUUGUAUCAUUAUCUAUAGCUACAUAUCCACAUUGAUGGUGUAAACAGCACAUAUGGUACAUCUACCAGUAAAGGCAACCCAACGAUUUCCCUGUAAUUUACCUGGUUGCAUGUGUGAAAGGGGCUUGCUUAUUAAUGCUUUGGCAAUAUUGUAUGUAAAAAUAAUCAUGCCAAUAAAGCUCUUUAAUUCAAUCAUAUUUAACUGAAGUUAAGCAAUUUGGCGCUGUCACACAUAAAGCCUUUUCCGGCAAAUUAAUAUUAGUUUUCUGUUUAGAGGCCAUGUGUAACACGACCCGUUUAGAAAUAACGGUGAAUCAGCGAAGGCGAUUUCAAAGAAUAAGUAGUCAUUCUAAAGAAGUCUAGUUUGGACCAAUCACAGAGUGCUGACAGAGAUGACGCAACAACUCUGCGCCGUUCGAAGCGUGUGAAUCGGGAGUCCCAAAAAUGUCGUCAAAUUGGACAGAUCGUGAAACUAAAGCGCUUCUCUUCAUCCGAACAAAUGAAAACAUUUGUCGACAGAUCACAGGAACAGUAAGUGACUCCGUUAUUUAUGAUAAAAUAACUAGCCUCCUUCGAGAACGAGGUAUACACAGGACCAAAAGCCAGGUGAUAAGCAAACUAAAAACGCUUCGGAUAAAAUAUCUGAAAAUAUGCGAACUUCAGAAAAAAAGCGGCAACGAAAGACUUCCCUGGGCCUAUUUUGAGCUUUGCCAGUCUAUCUGGGGUACCAACCGCCCUUCAAAUCCCGAGGCUCUAAAUAGUAGCCUGAAUCCCGAAGAGCCCCAAACUAGCUCAUUUGAGGAUGGGCGGGAUGAAAGUACGUCGACUGACAUCGAGACACCGACCUGUGACGUCGAGAAGACUGAUUAUGUGACAGAAGUUAUCACUCCACCUCCAAGAAAGAAGGCGAAAAAAGGUCACAUUGGUGGCUUCAUAAGAGAGCAAGAACCUCUCCACAUCCCGGAACAAAGAGAAUAUGAAGAACUGUUGCGUAGGGAGGCCAGAGAAGAACAGAAGGAGGAAAGAGAAAGUCUGAUGGCAAUGUGGAAGGAAAUGAUGGAGUUCCAAGGAAACCUACUAAAGGAAUUUAUACACCGACCAUCCUUGCCGUCUUCGCAUCCACCUUACCAUAAACAUGGUCAUUACAACCAAGGAUCCUCUUUUCCAAGCACUAGCUACCUGGCACCAUACCACUCACCAGGAGCUGAAACUGAAAUUGAAAGUGCAAUCUCUCAGGAGGAAGAAGAAGAGGAGGAGGAGAAAUAUGUCAUUCCAGCCACUAUUCCACUCAUCUCCGACAGUCAUCCUGUGAACUGUGCGAAUGACAGCCAAUCAAAUCUCACAGUGACUCUUUCACCUCCACCUACACAAUCAGCAGAAAAGACCGAUCUGGAGCUGUCGGUGCUACGCAGACAAGAACGAGUGUUGCAGCUACAGGAAGAGUACUAUUCACUCAAGAUACAGCAUCUGAAAGCAAAGAUGGCCAUGGAGCCGACACAGAAGCAUAAAGAAGCUUGGCAAAUUCAACAGGUUUCAUGAAUUUAAAUGUACAAAACUUGACCUUGAAGAACAUAGGGGCAACUGCUCUUUACUUUGUGUACUAAAAGGAAUGUUCCGGGUUCAAUACAUGUUAAGCUCAAUCAGAAGCAUUUGUAGCAUAAUGUUGAUUUUCUCUAAAAUUUAUUUGAACCCGUCCCUCCUUUUCUUUAAAAAAGUAAAAAUGGAAGUUCAAGUGAGGCAUUUACAAUGGAAGUGAAUUGGGUAAAUUUUUGGAGGGUUUAAAUGCAGACAUGUGAAGCGUAUACUUUUAUAAAAGCACUUGAAUUAAUCAACAUUAUGCCACAAAUGCCCUCCAUUGAGCUCAACUUGUAAAGAACCUGUAAUGUUCCUUUAAUGGAAUGUUUUGGUUCCUUGGCAUGGUGGUAACUUCAUAUUUUCACAAAUGUCACAAGUUCUAUAUGUGACAUAUCCAAAAGACAUGUACAGGUAGGGCGUAGUUAUUUCUGGCAAUUGAUAUUUGGGGCGUCAUUAUUUUGACCCUGCUGACUUUUUUUAAACAAACAUUCCUGGUAAUAUUUAUCAGUGCCAUCUUUGUGGGGACAAACACUGAAAUAACAUUAAAAUCUGGCAUGACUCCAUUAUGCAAUGGCUACUUUUCAUAAUCCAAUCAAUAGUUAAGUCUCUUCCUAAAUUGGUUGUUGUUGUUGUUGUUCACUUUAAGGAUUCAGUUUCACUUCGACAAUGCCACAUGGAAGUAAAAUGGGUUGGGAACACUAUAAGCCACUACGUUCUCUAGAGUCUAGAUGUUGUAUUGCCCUUCAAAAACAUUGAGACAUUAGCCUUUCAUCCAAAUAAAUUAUUAAAAAAGCUAAAUCAAAGGAAAUUUGGAAUAGCUCUAAUAGCUGCAGCUAUAGUAUGUUUUUCUAUCAAAGUUAUUUUUAGUUCAUUGUUACUUUUUCCCUUCUAUUUCCCCCUGCUAUUAUUUUUCAGUGGAAGAAAUUGUGUUUGAAAUUGACCUGCCUGUCUUGUGCUCAGUGUUCUUGUUUUAAAACUAUGUAUUAUACCAUUUUGGCUAUUUCUUUCCUUUGCUGUUAGUGUUUUAAAAUAUGUUUGGAUAUUUAAACAUGUUUUAUGCUAAAUGGAUGCAAAUAUAAACUUAA